AUCUCGAACCCCUCAAUUUCUCCUCUCUCGCUUUCUCUAUUUGGUCUUCUCCCCGUUAUAUGCGAGGACGCACAACGCAGCAGACUCUCUCCCCCACAAACAUUUGUACUCGACAACAAAACAACUGAAUACCCAGAUACAGAUAGAGAGAGAAGCCCCCACUACAUUGAGCAAUACAUCAACUGAUGGAGAGAGAGAGAGAACCUUUUGCUUUUUAAUGCUCUUUCUCUUUCUGGGUCUGUCUGAUUCUCCCUCUCUUUCCUGAAAAUCGUGCUCUCUUUUUCAGUCUCUAAUGGAGUGAAGAGAGAGAGAGAGAGAGCAGAGAGAGCGACUCCACUGCGACAGACAGCCGUUGCAUGAAGUGGGUAUGGCUAUGGAGGUGAAAUGGCAGGGCUGAUAAUGGCUCAACCGAACAAAAUCUACAAUGCCAUUGGUGCCCGUGAUUUGAUUAGUAUGAGUGGUACUGGAACUGACAACAAAACAUUAGGACAACAACUACAGCAGAAGGAGCAGGGGAAGCCAAUGCUCCAUGAUUUUUUGGGUAUGAAAGUCGGUAUUGAUUCUUCUGUUGUAUUGACUCCGAAGACUGGUGAGGCAAGGGUUGCAGAGGCGUCCCCAUCGGCUUCUGCCUCUCUUGGGGGGUCUUCUGGGGGCGGCCGUGGACCCAUCUCCACCACCUCUGAUCUGGGUUCAGUAGAAAGACAGGUUGGAGAACAUCUUGAGGGAGUUCCAUUUUAUGGUCCGAGGAGUGAUGUUUCUAGACAUGACAUAAACAACAGAUUAGCUGGUAAUAAGCGAAGCAAUUCGGAUUCUACAUUUAUGGGAUCAUCCAGCGAGAGGAUUCCUCAGAUGGGUCAUGACUCCAUUGAGAGCUCGCACUUGAUGAAGAUGCUUCGGAAUGGGGCUGGGGGAGAGCGUCCUAGAAGGUCCAGCGAUGAUGAAGUGUUGCAUGGUAUGCAGUCCCUGAAGCCAACUUCUUCUCUCAUACUGCAGCCUCCUACUGGCAAUAGAUUUGAUGCAAAUGCUGCCAAAUGGGAACGAUCCAUACCCAUGGGUCCAUUGAUGCAGUAUCCUCUUCGUGGGAGCCAAUUUGUACCUUUUAUGCAGCAAGUACCUUCAAACAGGUUCAAAGAUGCCCAUACUGGUUCUACAAUUAUAUCUCAGUCAGCUGCUGAUGAAGGAUCUAGAACCGGAAUCAAGGGCCCUGGGAUUUUGAGUUCCCUUAAAGCUGGUGGUAGUGUCUCUGACAACAACUCAACUGGAACACUGCUCAGUGGUAGCAGAGCAAAGUCUGGGAUUCAUGUUUCUGAACCAGAAUCAUCUACUCCAAAUCGGCAGGGAUUAAUGUCCGCCAGCCGGCAGAUGACUAUAUUUUAUGGUGGUCAAGCACAUGUUUUCGAUGAUGUUCACCCAAACAAGGCAGAUGUCAUAAUGGCCUUAGCUGGAUCAAAUGGAGGAUCAUGGUCAACAACCUACUCACCAAAAUCUACCGGGAGGCCAGCCAGUGAUGAUCGCAUGUCCCGUGGAGAGUAUGAAACAUGCAUAGCAGGUAAUGCUGCAUUCCCUCGCGAAUUUCAUGGGAGGCUCUCUGGCACUAGCAAUGCUGCCCAGGAUACCGGUUCUGGUGAUCGAGUGCCAGCCCCUACAGGAGGUCAUCAAGGCGGCGUUACGAUAGCUAAGGCAAAAGAAUCUGGUACUGAAGAUAAAAGAGAGAGACAAAGCUGAGAACAGCCAGCCUCAUUGGUUUCAAUUCUCUCAGACUUCUGAGGAAGGAAUGAGGUCUUUGUUCUGUUGUAUCCAUGUUUCAACCUUAUAUUUUGUUAGCUUUUGUCCACUUUUUGGGAGGGUUUAGGUUGAAAAAUCUUGUCUACAGAGGACCCAGUUUGAUCUUUUUUGUUGGGUUUGACACUCGGAAUAUCUGAUAUUAACACAACUGACCUGAGCUGCUGCUUCUCAAUUCUCAUC